UCUCCAUGGAAAGUAGCGUGCUGAAACGUCGGAAGAUGGACGGAGACGACGGACGCGAUGCGAUUGCUGAUCUGCCGGAGUCGGUGCUCCUCCAUAUCCUGUCCUUCCUGCCCACGAGGGACGCCGUGAGGACGGUGAUGGUCCCGAGAUUCCGUUACCUCUGGACUUGUACCCGCCACUUAUCUUUCGAUCACUGUGCCUACCACAACUGCAAGGAGGAGGACCCUCAUUUCAGCAUCGACGAGAGAUUCGUGAAUUUUACCGACCAUGUGCUGACUCUGCACGAGAACCCCACGAUCGAUUCGUUCCGUCUUAAUUUGAACUAUGCGGCCCAGCUAUACCAUGAUGAUCCUCGAUAUGACGAUGAUGCAACUCGAGAGACAAGAAGUUCGAACAAAAUCGGUACUUGGAUCCGUUUUGCAGUGAGGAGAAAGGUUAAGUUCCUCGAUUUGAACUUCUUGGGGUGUACUAGGGAGUUCCCAUAUAAUCUUUACAUGUUGCCCAGAUUUGUUCUUAGGUGUAGCUGCUUAGUAGAGCUGAAGCUGACUUCCUGUGAGGUCUGGACGGGGGGACGGGUCCAACUAAGGUCGCUUAGAAAAUUGUUCAUGAAGCAAAUUGACUUAACUGACUUGAAAAUGGCUAACAUACUAUCUGGUUGCCCGUUGCUGAAAGAAUUGUCCCUUGAAGAUUGCGAUGGCCUCCAGGAGCCCAAAUUCUGCCGUGUUCCAUCUAUUGAAGAGUUAAAUUUGAAGGAAUGUGGUGAUUUGGAAAAACUUGAUCUUGCACGAUCAGAUAUAAAACAUUUAACCAUUGAUUCCGUUGGGGAUCUGGAGCUAGUUUGUCCUAAUGUGAAGAUUCUGGAUAUUGCUGGGUGUCUAAAUUAUGUCAAGGUGACUGAUAUGCCAUCACUGGUUGAUACAUCCCUCUAUUUCAGUCGUCAUCGUAGUUGGCCAUACGGGGAAUAUCAUGAGUUCAGACUGCUUCUGGAAAAGCUCAGCUGCAGUCCUUAUUUUAUGCCAUGCAAUUUUUUGCAUACUGGUAUUAACUAUGUGGGAGCUGACAAAUGAGCCAGCCCAUCUUUCGCCUGGAAUCAUGUGACACUUCAACUGCAUCUGAGAAAGCAGUACCUCCCCGGCAUUUGUUGCUUGUUAAGGAAUUCUCAUUUUCUUGAGACACUCACUAUUUAUGUUUAUCCUGGAAGAGAUGACUAUGAAUCUGAGCUUGUCGAAGCAGGGUGGAAGCUUGCAUUUGAGUUCAAUGGCUUUAGUUACUGGAGUUCAGUGGACGGCACAUUUCCCUGCCUGGAGCACCAGCUUAAGCAUGUUAAGAUAUACGGUUAUGUACUGGAGCCUGAUGUCAUCGAGCUCAUUGAAUUUCUACUCAAGAAUGCACAGGUCCUGGAGAAAAUGGAGAUUUCUACCAAGAAGACUCUGCAGCGAACAUGUAGCAAGUACAUGUUUUCCAGUGACAUUGGUCGUCCAUCAAAGGAUUAUUGGACAUCAGAUGCGCUGCUAGAGUUUUCGCAGAAGUUGUUAAGUUUCCCAAGGGCCUCAACACGUGCAGUAAUACACCUGGGUUAGAUACUGGUAUUGGAAUUGUGUUCACCCCUCUUUUGGACACCCUUGAUGUUUCUAUGUCAGGCAUGUCUCACAUCUGGUAGACUUUACAAAGAUAGUUGGCCUUUAUGAUGAAUUCGCCCUUUGUCCUCAGGUCUACAAAUUCGCAACAUCCACGACUCUGUACAGGCAGCUUUAUGAAUAUUUCGAUGGUGGAUGUGCCCUUUUUUUCAAA